AUGGAAGACAAAGAUGACGAUCAAGCUCUACCAACUAACACAACUGAAGAAUCAUCACAUGAUAAAGAAGAUAAUGAUAAUGAAGAUGAUGAUGAUGAUGAUUCAUUUAUUUAUUUUAAAUCAUCUUCAAUUAUAUCAAUUUUAAUUAUUGUGGUCAUUUCACUUGUUUGUAUAUUAGCAACAGGUUUACUUAUUAGACGUGUACUUCAUUCACAUAAUAUAACGCGUACAUUAUCCGUUUAUCUUGGUUUUACACCAAAUCGUACAAUUGAUGAAUCAAAAUUAACUUUUUGGGCACCAAAAAGUAUUUAUGAUGAACAACCAAUCGAAAUACUUACUGCCAUGAUUAAUUCUUCUACAUCUCAUCGUCCUCCUCCUCCAUCAAUUAUCUUAACUAGUACUGAAAAAAAAGCUCAGACUAUUUUUCGUACUAUAAUUCUUCCAAUACUUUUUCUUUUAUCAAUACUCUGUGGAAUCUUAGCAUUUUACAUGCGUCUUCAUCAUUAUCAUUAUCCAGCAUGGGGUGCUCGACCAAAAAGACCCGAACAAUAUGUAACUAUAGAACUAAAACAAGCUCAAACAGCAGGAACGAAUGAUCAUAUUUAA